UAGGAGCUCAACUGUGCACUCGGUUGCUCUGACCAGAAACUUCAGAGCAAUAAGUUUUAAAAAACCGUGCGUAAUUAAUUUUCAAAGAAUCAUCCUUAAACGGUGCGUAAAUUGUAUUCCAAUUCCCAUGAUGGGUGUAAAGUGCGCAAUGGCUCUAAAUGAAGUUAUGAGAAUCACAAGAAGGAUAUGGGCGCAUUUCCACUGAGAUGCCGGUAUCUGCGCUCUAUACUGGGCUGAUUGGAAAUUUCAGUGGAAGUAUUAGUGGGAAAAACGCUUCCUGUAACUGCGUAUCGCACAGAUAAAUGGAGUAACGGAAAGGAGGGGGGGCGCAGAAAACUUCACACGGCGUUCGAGUGAUGGUCAGUCAACUUCAAGUGGACUUUCCGUUUCUGGAGUGCCAAUAAUGCGUCUUAUUGUCAUCACAGACACGGCGGAGUAACCCACGAGGGACAGGUCACCAGCGUCUGCGAGACAGAAUAAAAAGUGAGCCUCACUUCCAGGACGACCGAUCUGCUACUUGAGCGAGGACGCACACGGGACCUGGAGCACCGGAUCCUUCAGCUGUUUGUCCACUCUCUCCCUUGCAGUCGGCCGGUGUUCCGAGGAUGACCACAGAUGCUCGGAGAAUACUCGCUUGACUCCAGAAGCUGUUUCCUACACGAGAGCUGCGUUUAAGGAGACUCAUUUCGGAGCGCACAGGAGCGGGAACAUAAACUAAAGUUACUCACAGUUCUUUAUUUUCCAUAUUCAUCAUUGCUGGACGCGCACAACGCAGUCGUACAGUGUUAAAGAAAGCUGUCGAGGGCUGAAGGUGUCCGGUUAAAGUUUUCCCAGAGGCGCUGGAGAAGGAGUUCACUUCUUCCUUUUUCUUUUUUCCUCUUCUUCUUCUUCUUCUUCUUCUUCUCACUUCACGGGAGCUAUGAGCCGACUGCGCAAGCACUUCAGUAUGGGACUGGUGCUCCUGAUGUGCACGCUGACCGGCCACUGCAGCGAGAGCGCGCCCUCGGUGGCUCCGGCGUGGACGACGACGACGACGGCGUUGACGGCGGCUGCAGCAGCAGGAGGAGGAGGAGGAGGAGGAGGAGGAGGAAGGGACGCACAGCAGCAAUGGAGGCGUUUACUAGAGACCAUGAAACACAUUGAGCACAGCCGGGGUCACCACAGCGCUAAAACGGAAGCCCCCAUAACACUGUGGACGAGGAGUUCUCUGGAUUUACGCAACUUGAAAACAGACAGAGGAGAUCACAUAGUCGCCUUUUCCCCCCGAGAUUUCAGAAAUAAGGAGAAAUUCAUAAGAUAUAUUACAGGUCCACUCUACUUCAGCCCCAAGUGCAGGAAGCAUGUGUACAGACUCUACAACCACACCAGAGACUGCACGAUACCUGCAUACUUCAAAAGAUGUGCACGGCUUCUGACACGACUAGCCGGCAGCCCGCAGUGCACAGUGGGGUAGCACGCUCAAGGUUGAAGCCAAACACAAGUUCUCCAGAAGAAAAAAACUUGGGAAAAAAAAACUGCCUUGGACAGUAAGAGGGAAGCCUAAAAUACUCUGACCAGCCCCAACUGAUAUUAGGCACGGUACUGCCUUUCAGUGAGGUCUGUUCUGUGCUAAGGCGUGGAUUACUGCCACCCACCUCUCUGGCUGGGCCCUCGAUGGUUGGCUGUCACCACGAGGGAGCGACCAACAAAACCAGACCAAGAUAAAGAUGGUGACACUGAAGAGUGGAGAAGAAAAAAAAGAAACAAGUGGCUGAGAGAAACAAACAUGGGGCCUUUUUUUCCUGCUGGGAUCCAAAAAGAUGUUGCUAAAACAAACCAAAAAAAAAAGGGAUUGCAUAUUUUUAUUUUGGUCAUUUCUUGAAGAAAAGAGCAAAAUCCAAAUGUACUGUUUAUAGCAUGACUUGCUUUUCUGCAAGUGUUUUUGGGUUGAGCCCAUCCCUACUACUGCACUACCCCAUUAUGCAGACAAAAAGCUCCCACAGACCCCGUGGCCGGCAGUCACAGCAUAGUUUCACUCACUUGUGCUCACACUGAGAAGGAACUGUGAUUAAAUUAUUCAUUGCAUGAACAUUUCUCCGCGUCUUUGCAAGACAUGUUAAAAAAAAAAAAAGUGGCGGUUGUAAGUCACAGCCCUCCUGUGGAUCUUGGCAGAGCGUGGUACAGUCUAUAUUUAUAUAUUUGAGUUCCACUGUACACACUAUCGGCCAUAACCACAUAAAACAAGAGAAAUAUGUACAUACUGUAAAGCAAAGCAUAAGAGGAAUCCACCUACCUACCAUAAAUUAAAGUAACUGGCAUUUAUCAAAUGGCUGUUAAAUACAUACAUAAAUAUAUAUAUAUAUAUAAAAUGAAAUAUAUUUAAAUAAAUUAUAAGAUUGGUACAAA